GGACCCACAAAAAAAUUGGCAGCAAGUAGAUUUCCCACUCGUGGGAUUCCAAGUUGGCAUGCCAGGUUGUCAAAAAAUUCUGAGUUGGCGCUGAUAUGCGCAUACUUGACGGAAGCCAACGGUGCACGUGCUACACGUGAGCUCCGGCGUUAAAUUUUUCCUCAUUUCCUCAAACUCGAAAACAUUGAGGGUAAAAAUCCAUGUAUUUUAAUAUGGAGGGCAAAAAUCCUACAAGUCGAAAAGUUCAGGGGCAAAUUGGUACCUUUUGCCCACUUUUAUGUAGCUCAAACUGUUAACAUAUAAAUAAAUAUUGUUCAAAACAUUAAUAUCUACAACCAAAUUAUGUUUUCUCUACGCAGGCGGCCAUAGUUAAUUGUUCAACCUGAUCGCCGUUAAAAGAAAAAAGGGUUCGAGCUGAUCAUAAAAGCAUAAUAAACUUACAGAGAAGAUGAGAAGAGGUGAAAAGAAUUGAGCCCUUAAUUCCUUCUCAAGCUGAAGCUGUAGGUUUGAAGCUCUGUCAAAACGAAAUCAAAUUCUCGCCACGAGGAUUUCGGAAUUCAGUCUUCUGAGGUGGGUAAAGAUACCGAAAAUUUGUUGGAUGAAGUGCAGGUGUUUGGUUUGAAUGGGAAGGGAAUUCCAAUUUCUGAUUUAUGGAAGGACAGGAAAGCGGUUGUUGCAUUUGCUCGCCAUUGUGGGUGUGUCCUCUGCCGCAAACGGGCUGAUUAUCUUGCUGCCAAGAAGGAUGUAAUGGAUGCAUCAAAUGUGGCACUUGUUCUAAUUGGACCUGGAAGUGUUGAUCAGGUAAGUCCAUGAAACAUGUAUGGAGUUACUAGUACAUCAUUGCUUGGUUUAACUUGGUUUAUCCAUUUGUCCCCUACCUGGGAGGGAACAUAAAAAUUUUGUCUGUCAAGUUUUCAGCAAUCUGGCUUGUGCAGAACGAUUAUGAAUUUGUCCAGUAAAAAGGCUGGAGAUCUGUUCCACCGAACCCCAGCGCUCGAGGUUCCACCGAACCCAGGCGUGGGUUCGAUGUAACUCAGUGGUAAAAAAUUUUCUUUUUUUCUUUUUGUUUUAUGUGGGUUUUGUUUUUUUUUUUUUUUAUGAUGAUGAAGAACCCCAAUGGGUUUUGUUUUUUUUUGUUGGUUUUCUGUGGGUUUUGUUGUUUGAUGAUGAUGAAGAACUCAGAAUGUAGAAAUUGAUUGAGGUGAAUAGAUUGGUUGAGAUGUUAGAGAUUUGCAGAAGUUGAAGAAAUGGUUGAAGAAGGGAAGAGGAAAGUGAAUAGUCGGACGGUUUCCUGGCAUUCAUCUGUCUUUUUUUUUUUUUUUUCAAACCUUUAGUCAAUGGUGGGGCUCACAAAUAAAAUUGGUAGUAGGUA